AGAGGUAUAAAAACCUAAUGUAACAUUCGAACACCGGAAAAGGAGAAGCUUACUGUCUGUUUCUUCAUCUUCGUCUACGUCAGACAUCAAAGCCGACGACUUCCCCGUUGUAUUCGCCCGAAAGUCCCUGAAUUUUUCUAUCGUUGAACAACUUGGAGCUCCUAAUUUGUAUUUGAUGGUUCUGUUUGCAAGAACCUGACAUAUAAGAGGGAGCAAUGGCAACUUUUGAACUGUACCGGAGGUCGACUAUCGGCAUGUGUUUGACGGAGACAUUGGACGAGAUGGUCUCGAAUGGGACUCUCAGUCCGGAGCUGGCGAUACAAGUUCUCGUUCAAUUUGACAAGUCGAUGACAGAAGCCCUGGAAACUCAAGUGAAGAGCAAGGUUUCUUUAAAGGGACAUUUGCAUACCUACAGAUUCUGUGACAACGUGUGGACCUUCAUCCUACAGGAUGCAACAUUCAAGAGUGAGGAAUGCCAGGAGAAUGUUGGUAGGGUGAAAAUAGUUGCAUGUGACUCAAAGCUGCUCUCGCAAUGAGAUGCCAUGCUCCCUCGUUAAAUUCUCCGCACAGAGGGCUUGAGAAAUGGUCCUAGGGAGGAGAGUGGAAGGUACCCCUCUCCCCCCCAAACCUCACACACACGCUCACUUGCAGGGAGACCUUUACAGAACAAUUGAGAUUACAAAAGAAGAGACAUCACCUUUGCAUUGAGAAGAACAAUUAUUACUGAUGAGAUUUACUAAUUAUGUUGCUAGCAAAAAGGUUUCUCCUUUUUUCUGCUGAUGGAUUGUUGCAAUUGCGAACCAUUGUGGAGAAAUCAGCGAAGGUGUGUUAUUCGGAA